AAAAAACAGAACAAACACACACGGUUCUCGUCUAAUCUCUCUACAAUGGCUCGAUCUUCGUCUCCAUCACUUUCUCUCUCUCGUUGCCGAUUCGCCGCGGUUUCUCUCCUUCCUUCAUCUCGAGCCAUCUUCUUCCGAUCCCAAUCCUCCAAUCGCCGCUCUAACCUCGGGGAGCUAAUUGAGAUCGACAUCGCUGCGUCGCAGUCGCAAUCGCAAUCGGAUCCUCUUUCUCAGAAGCUGGAGGACGCUGUGCACCGGAUAAUGGUGCGCCGAGCCGCACCUGAUUGGCUACCUUUCCUUCCCGGUGCUUCGUAUUGGGUCCCGCCUCGUAGAUCGCAGACUCAUGGGAUCUCUAAGCUCGUUGAGAAGCUGGCGAAUCCGAUUGGUGAUGAGGAGUCUAUCUCUAUCUCAACGGGUCGUGGGUGGCCUUCCUCUGAUUACUUCAUCAAAGGUGUACAGCCUGAAUCGGUGGAGACAGAGAUGGAUUCAAAUACUGCAUCUCACUCUGAGGAGGAGGAAGGUUAAACAAACAAAAAACGCGUUAAACCAUUGUCUGGACUCUUCAAGAUUUGUUGAUUUUUUAAGAACGCGGAUCAAAGAAGAAUUGAACCACCAAGAGCGAAUGUGAAGACGUGACAUGGUUUAGACUCAGAGUAGAGAGUAAGCAAACCUUUUUACAGAGACAUGAGAUGAUCCUAUCAAGUUCUGAAAUGUAAAAAAGAAAACCAAUAAAAAAGGGCGUUGUGUCUCUUUUAUGUAAUCUUCUUCAUAACAGUUUGUUGAAUCGUGUGUAUAUAUAUCUAUAUUCGCAUCAGCUCCCAUGUCCAC